UGUUCUCUUCUGGUGCCCAAGUCUCUCUCUCUCUCUCUCUCUCUCUCGCUCUCGCGUCGCGUUGUUGAGAUCUCGAAGCUGCGCGUCUAUGGCGGAGGACUUGGUACUGGAUACGGCGAUCAGGGAUUGGGUGCUGAUCCCGCUAUCAGUGGUCAUGGUUCUCAUCGGCGUGCUGCGGUACUUCGUCUCCAAGCUCAUGCGCUCAUCCCAGCUCCCUGAUGCCAAGGCCCUCAAGGAAGGGCAAGUGAUUAUUCGGGCGAGGAAUCUGAAAUCCGGUGCGAAUUUUAUCCCAUCGAAGUCCUUCCGGGCUCGCAGAGUUUAUUUCACUAACGAGGAGAAUGGGCUGCUUCAUGUUCCCAAAGAGCAAGCUCAAAAUGCACAAGCCCAGAUGUUUUCUGACCCAAACAUGGCUAUGGAUAUGAUGAAGAAAAAUCUUUCAAUGCUAAUACCCCAGUCACUUACUUUUGCUUGGGUGAACUUUUUCUUCUCAGGUUUUGUAGCAGCAAAAAUUCCCUUCCCAUUGACUCAAAGAUUUAGGGCAAUGCUGCAAAAUGGGAUUGAUUUAAGCAGUGUUGAUGUGAGCUAUGUCAGCAGCCGUUCCUGGUACUUCCUCAAUCUGUUUGGGCUAAGGGGAUUCUUCAGCCUCAUUUUGGGAGAAGAAAAUGCCAUGGAUGACACACAGCGGAUGAUGCAGAUGGGUGGAUUUGGGUUUGAUGCAUCAAGGAGUCUGGCAGCAGAGAAAGAUAGCCUUGACAUAAUUCAACACGAUUGGGCUCUCCCCAAGAUUGAACACCGCGCGAGCAAGUAUUGAGAAAGUUACUUAGAUAAGCAAAAUUUCUGCCAUGGUUGAGUUGCAAAACACUGCCUGCACUUAACAUAUGAAUUCCCAAUGCAAGUUUUUCUUGACUCACUGGUUCUGUGGUGUUUAAUUUUUCCUCUGCGGGAUUCUGAUGAAAGGUUACAAGUAUUAAUCACUAAAUCUGUUAGAAUUUUAUGCCAUAUGAGGGUAAGUAAACAUGUUUAAGAGUCAUGUAUUUUAAUUUUCAAGUGUUAAGUUAGCUUUA